GAAUCAAAGCGCGAGGAGUGGGGUGUCGGGCGAUAUCAUGAUGCCUCCUCUUUCUCCCCCUUCCUCUCCCUCUCUUUCCCCAAAAUCCCUUUAGCCUGUUCGACCUAAACCUACAUUGAAAUUCACCAAAAUCAGCUUCUUUUUCUAUAGAUUGCCUUUGUUUUUCCACAAUUUAUCCAAAUCGAUGUCAUUCUUUUUCAUUUGAUCUGUUCAAUUUCAUGAACCCUAUCUUUUUUAUCUGAAUUCUGACAAUCUUUUCAAAGUUUCGAUCAAUACUGUUCAUGGCGGUCACUGGUUGCUGACGCUGUCUAAUAGAUUGUCUUAUCGAUCGUCCGAUUAGCCUUUUCUCCGAUGAAGUAGUAAUCGGACCGGAACUUUUUUUCUUUUUCUUUUUGAUCGUUUUUGUUGAGUUUGUGAGUUAGGGUUUUCGUAAAUCCAACGGAAGUUUCAAUUUUCUUGAGAAUAAUUGUUAGUUGAUGGAGCCUCGUGUGGGGAAUAAGUUUCGACUUGGCCGGAAGAUCGGUAGCGGCUCGUUUGGAGAGAUCUACCUGGGUACUAAUAUUCAGACGAAUGAAGAAGUUGCUAUUAAGCUGGAAAAUAUCAAGACAAAGCAUCCACAAUUGCUAUAUGAAUCAAAGCUAUAUAAGAUACUGCAGGGAGGAACUGGAAUUCCAAAUGUGAGAUGGUUUGGAGUUGAAGGAGACUACAAUGUUCUAGUGCUGGAUUUAUUGGGUCCUAGUCUUGAGGACUUAUUUAACUUCUGCAAUCGAAAGCUGUCUUUGAAGACUGUUCUUAUGCUUGCAGAUCAAAUGAUCAAUCGUGUUGAAUUUGUUCAUUGCAAAUCAUUUCUGCAUCGUGAUCUCAAGCCAGAUAACUUCCUUAUGGGUCUUGGAAGGCGUGCAAAUCAGGUCUAUGCUAUUGACUUUGGACUAGCUAAGAAAUAUAGAGACUCCUCAACUCAUCAACACAUCCCAUAUAGAGAGAACAAGAAUUUGACUGGGACAGCUAGAUAUGCAAGCAUGAACACUCACCUUGGAAUCGAACAAAGCAGAAGAGAUGAUCUGGAAUCUCUUGGUUAUGUUCUCAUGUACUUCUUGAGAGGAAGUCUCCCAUGGCAAGGACUGAAAGCGGGAAAUAAGAAGCAAAAAUAUGAAAAGAUCAGUGAGAAGAAGGUGUCCACAUCUAUUGAAGCUUUAUGCAGAGGCUACCCUACAGAGUUUGCAUCAUACUUCCAUUACUGUCGAUCUUUAAGAUUUGAUGAUAAACCAGAUUAUGCUUACCUAAAAAGACUCUUUCGUGAUCUUUUUAUUCGUGAAGGCUUCCAGUUUGAUUACGUGUUUGAUUGGACUAUUUUGAAGUAUCAACAAUCACAGCUUGCCAAUCCUCCAUCUCGUGCUCUUGGUGCUAGUGCUGGACCAAGUAACGCGGCCCCACCUGUGGGUGCUAACCCGAUUAGGCAACUAGGUGAAGAAGGUAGGCCUGCGGGCUGGUCAUCUUCAAAUCCGUCAUGGAGUCGGAAUCCUGCAAAUUCCGGGACCUUAUCAAAGCAGAAAAUCCCAACCACCACUGAUCAAUCCAUGAGUAGAGAUUUAUCGAGGUCUAGUUUUAUCCGAACAACUGGCUCAUCUCGGCUGACCACGGGUGAACCGGACUCAUCACGUGCACGCACAACAGAUGCGAGCCCGGGUGCGGUCAACAAGGGGUCAAACAUGACCCAGAGGAGCUCCCCGGUUAUAUCUGCGGAUCAAAAGCGACCCAUUUCAAGAAAUGCUUCAAAUACCAACAUCAAGAACUUUGAAUCCACUCUCAAGGGGAUCGAGGGGAUGCAUUUUUAACACUGGGAUUUGUGUUUGUCAUUUUAUUUCAUUGCCUUGGCUUUUGUCUGUAAAUUUGUUACUUGAAAUUUUUUACUCAUAUAACGCACACUACAAUGAUUUGUUGCAUCACCAGAGUCUGCAAGCUGUCUCAUCUGUUCCACCACCACGACUGGAGUUUAUUUUUCUCAUGUCUAUUGUUGUUAUGAAAAAUAUUAUGUUGUGGAUAUUGCUUACUUUUGUAAUAUCAUUACCUACUAUUAU